AAAUCAUCUUCAACCCACACUACUUGACAUACAAACAUGACUUGUGCCAAAAACCUUCUACUCUCGAUCACCCUUCUUUCCAUCGGUUGCUUCACUCUCACUCGAGGAGCCACUUUCGAUGUCAUAAACCAAUGUCAAUACCCUGUUUGGGCCGCUUGGGCCUCUACCACGCCUGGUGGAGGCAAGCGGCUUGAAAAUGGUCAAUCUUGGCAAAUCACAGUUGCACCCGGGACUGCUCAAGCUCGUAUUUGGGGAAGAACUGGUUGCAACUUUGAUGCCAAUGGAAGAGGGAGGUGUGACACCGGUGAUUGCAAUGGAAUGCUCGAAUGUCAAGGUUAUGGGGCGCCACCCAACACUUUAGCUGAAUUCGCGCUUAAUCAAGACAACAAUAAUGACUUUGUUGACAUAUCUCUUGUUGAUGGGUUUAAUAUCCCUAUGGAGUUUAGCCCGGUUGGGGCUUCGUGCAAGACAAUGAGGUGUGCGGGUAAUCUAAAUGGCGAGUGCCCUAAUGAACUACGAACACAAGGAGGAUGCAACAAUCCUUGCACGGUUUACAAAACUAACGAGUAUUGUUGCACCAAUGGGCCGGGUAGUUGUGGACCAACUCCGUUGUCUAGGUUCUUUAAAGACAGGUGUCCUGAUGCUUAUAGUUACCCUCAAGAUGACCCGACCAGUCUAUUUACUUGCCCGGGUGGUACUAACUACAAAGUUGUGUUCUGUCCAUAAACUCUAUAUGAGAGUUGUAAACUAGUAAUGAUAAAAUAAGAGUUCCACCUCAUAGAGUGUGGCUUCUCUAGUCUCGUCAACAAAAUAAGGGGACUUAUGCCCAUCCAUAUAUCUUCAAACUUUGUUUGAUUGUUGUACUUGUACGUGUUACAAAGAUUUAUUUAUAUAAUAAAAAAGUAAUAUUGUCUAUUUUAUAA